AUGGAAAUGUCUUUAGAAUUGUUACUUUUCAAUGAAGAUUUAAAGAAAAUGAAAUUUAUUAAUUGAAUUGAUUUUUGAAAACUCUAACUUAUUUCAUAGAUUGAAAACCGAUUUGAAACAUGGCAAAUGUGUUUUAUUUAUAAUUUAAAUUCUUCUGUUGAUUAAAAUACUUACAACACAGAGCUAAAUAUUUAAUGAAUCCUUUAUAAUAUUCACACAUAACGAUUCAAGAAUACAUAACUUUAAUUUGACUUUGAUCUUGUCUACUAUAUAAGUUAAUAAGUAUUAAUUUUGUCAAUUUAUAUAUUAGAGAGGAAUUAGAGAUUAUGUUCUCAAAACAUAUUUUUAUGGAAUGGAAUGUAUUUGUCAGGGCCUUCUUUAGUAAUUGCUGAGAAAAUUGAUCAAACACACUUUUCAACUCACUCUUGAUUUCAUUAGAUUGCGAAUAAAUUCCUUAAUUUUUUUUUUAUUUGGGCUAUGAUUUUUUGAUAUUGCUUAAAUAAAACCCAAUUAUUUAGGAUUAAAAGUGAAAUUGACAGAUUUUUUGA